GGAAGGGUUUAAGAGGGAUAUGGGCCAAAUGCUAGCAAAUGGGAUCAGAUUAAUUCAGGAUAUCUCGUUGGCACGGACUGGUUGGACUGAAGGGUUGUGGUGACAAGGCCUGGGUAAUGGCUCAGACUCUGCAGCUGGAGAUUCCCAACUUUGGGAACACGGUGCUGGAGUGCCUGAACGAGCAGAGGCUGCAGGGCCUGUACUGUGACACCUCCAUCGUGGUGAAGGGCCAGACCUUUAAGGCCCACCGUGCUGUGCUGGCAGCCAACAGCUCCUACUUCCGGGACCUGUUCACGGGGAGCGCCCGGGCUGCGUUCGAGCUACCGGCGGCCGUGCAGCCUCAGAGCUUCCAGAACAUUCUCAACUUCUGUUACACAGGGAGACUGUGCAUGAAGGCGGGAGAGCAAUUCAUGCUGAUGUACACAGCCGGCUUCCUGCAGAUACAGCGCAUCGUGGAGCGCGGCACCGAGCUGCUGUCCAAGGUCAGCUCACCGAGGUGUGAUUCGCAGGGCCUGUGCGUCGAGGAGCCUGCCUGGGAACCCCCCAGCCCUGCGGCUGCCCCUCACCCUCUCCCCCUGUCUCUCGCCUCCCGCGUCAAGGUGGAGCAGAGUGAGGGGCCAGGGGCAGGGACAGCCCGAGGCCGCCGGGCUGGAGAAGGACCCUCGGGGGGCAGCGCCAAGUCGGCCCGUCUCUCCCACGAGGGACCGGCCUACCCUGCUGGACUGCCCCGUGAUCUCUCCAGCCCCGGAGCCAGCAGCGUCCACCCCAGCGACAGCCCCUUCUCCUGCCAGAACGACGAGGACGACGAGGAGGUGGAGGAGGAGGCAGCAGCAGCGGAGGAGGAAGGGCUGGAGGACAUGACCGAGGAGCAGUAUGUCCAGAUGUGCAGCAUGUACAACAUCAUGAGUGUCCCCCAUGUCGUCCAACCGGAGAGGGUGGAGGCACUGCCUGACCACGUGGACGGCCGAUCAAGGAUGAGGAUUCGCCAUGACCUGGCGGUGCUGCCAGCUGAUCUGAUUAACCAGAUCGGCCAUCGCUGCCACCCCAAUCUGUACGUGGAGGGAGACCCGACCGAGAAAUUCGAGCUGGUGACAGGUACCAGUGUCUACAUCACCCGAGCUCAGCUGAUGAACUGCCACAUCUGUGCGGGUACAAGGCAUAAAGUUUUACUCCGGAGGCUACUAGCUGCGUUUUUCGAUCGGAACACUCUGGCUGACAGCUGUGGCACUGGAAUCCGCUCCUCCCUGCGUGAUCCCAGUCGGAAGCCUCUCGAUAGCAGGAUACUCAGUGCCAUUAAAGUUUAUUGUCAGAACUUUGCCUCGAACUUCAAGGAGAGUGAGAUGAAUGCCAUUGCCGCUGACAUGUGCACCAACGCUCGCAGGGUAGUCCGCAAGCAUUGGAUCCCCAAGCUCAAGCUGAUGCUCACCGAGGGAGAUGGUAUCUACUGCUCGGUCAUCACCGACGCAGCUUCCAGAAACUUACUGGAUGGUGCAGCUGGGAACCAAGAUGUGGAACUGCCGGGAACCGGGCAAAGGCAUGAGGCUGCUCGGAUGAGAGCUGCUGGGACUGGCCACAGAUGCGAGACAGGUUUCCCAGAGGGCCUGGAAGACGCUGGGAACGGUAUCGUGGAGGCACCGAACUAAUAGCCAGGCUUUCCCAGUGUAGGAGCCCAGCUCCGCAGGGGAGACAGACUGCCAUGUGCAUGGCCUGAUUAAUUGCAAAUGGUUGAUGUGAGCUGGUCAGCUGCUGUGUACUGGGCAGGGAGGAGGGCAUCAUUGAACCUUGCCCAGGCAAUGAACCCUCUCACUGCCAGGCACCGUAAACUGAUUUGGUUCAAUGGCAAUUGGGGGUGAUGUGACCAUGAGUGUAAAUCGAGAGCGGAAAAGCAAAAAGGAAGAUUUGCAUUUAUAUAGCACCUUUCCCCUCAGGGCAGCCCAAAGUGCUUCACUGUUGACACAGUACUCUCGGAAGUGUGGCCACUGCAGGGAACAUGGCAGCUAAUUUGCGUAGAGCAAGAUCCCACGAAACGCGGUGUGUGACGCUGACUGUUUGUUCUGCUCUAGUGGUGUUGACUGAGGGACAGGUGUGAGCCUGAGCCCUGCAGAGAGCUCCCCUGCUUUUCAAGUACUGUUCACCUGACAGGGCACCCUGGACCCUGUUUCAAUGUUUAAUCUGAAAGCUCCACGUCUGACAAUGUAACACUCCCAUAGUGUGGUUCCCAUUUAGAUAGUGGGACUUGAAUUUCUCACACACACAUGGCUAGCACAUUAUUAGGCCCGAUAGUGCAUAAGUGGACAGGGAGAAACUUUGCCACUGAGCUCCACUCAACAAAGUCAAGUCCAGAGAGAAAACCCAGAUGGAGAUCUCUUUAAAAAGUAAUAUUUAUUCCCUGGGGUGUGGUUGUGUUUUUUUUUGCAUUUGCUGUAGCUGCUCCUCAAGCUGAAUGAUUUGCUUGACCAAUUGAAUUGAGAGCAUGCCACAUUUGCUUUGGGUCUGGAGUCACGUGUGGUCCCAACUGGGUAAGGACAACAGAUUUCCUUCCCUAAAGGACCAGAAGUGAUCCCAAUGGGUCCGUGAGUGAUUGAUGCUCGUCGUCAUAGUCGCUAUUACUGAGAGAGGCUUCCAAAUUCCCCUGGGGUUCCUGACAUCACCAGUUGCUAGGAUUUUGAGCCCAUUUUCCCAGACCAUUUGCCUGGGCCUCUGGGUUCCUUGUCCAGUGACUGCGCCAGUGACAGUUCAAGUGGCGUAUUGACUGGGCAAAGUUUCAUAAGGAAGUCAGUCAACUCAUUGCUCAAACUGAUUGAUGGAUUGCACAUUUUGCCUCAUUACUUUGAGUCAGUUGCUACACUGUUUGGCAUUCGAAACUCAGCUAUCCACAGUAAGUUACGUGCACCAUUGAAUUCGCAAAGUACAGUUCCAAAUAGUCAGUCACUUAAACAAAGGUGUGUGUGAAUUGCGGGCUACAACCCCUGCCUUUCCCCAGCGCACUGUCCUCGUUUAGCAGACCUGUAUAUAACAUUGUUACUUUACAAAUCCAGGCCAUUCAGCCCAACAGUGUUUACGAUCCACAUUAACCUCCCCUCAUUGUUCUUCCGCUAAUUCCAUCAGUGUGUCAUUCUACUCCCGUUAGGGGUUUAUCCAAAUUUCUCCUUUAGAUACGUUGUACUGUUUACUAUGGGAAUGAGUUCCCCUGCUCACUGCUGUCUUUGCAAAGAAACUGAUUAUUGGAUACACCCAUGGGUGUCUCCUGUUUGCAGCCGUAAAUUGGAAGUAAACACUUGUUGGGGUUUUUAUUUAUAUGUGCUCUUGUUAAAGUCUCCCAAAGCAGGAGUUACUUUGGGGAUGUGAUGGACAUUGGAACAGCACUCCACUUUUGGGGAGAGCUGGGUGUUGGUUAGCUCAGUUGCGAUGCCAGGUGAUUCCAACUGUAUGGGUUGGAUUCCUUUACUGGCUGAGGUUACGUUGAAGGUCCCACCUUCUCAAACUCGCCCCUCAGAUGAGGCAUGGUGAGCCUCCGGUUAAACCACCACCAGCUGUGUGUGUCUCUCUCUCUCUCUCAUAGAGCUGCCCUGUAGUUCUCUGGCACUUUGGCAACUUUAGCUUUGUGGAGGUGGGAACUGCGUUUGCAACUCAGAAAUCAUGAAUGAGUCCAGCGUAGUACUGAGACUACACUGCUGAUGUAGCAUUAAAUUAAGGCCAUUUCUGGCACUUCAGUUGACUGAUAGUAGCAGAUGGUUUGGAAUCUAGGUGGAUUUGCCUUUGGAGGAGGAGUGGAGGUGUUGACACAGUCAGAGUGAAAGGGUAAUUCACAGUGUUGCUGUUGUGGCAUCUUGCUGACACAGAGUGGCCCCCAUUGCCAUUCUGUAGGUGAAAAUGAGCCAAGGAAAAGAAUGUUGUUGUACCUCAGAGAUGUAUAAAUGCAAAUCUGUGACAUAACAGUUGGGAAUGCCUUCAGAAAUGAGUUUACCAUGGUGUUCUCUACUAUAAACAGAUCCCGCAUUGGCCCAGUUGCCCACCACCUUCUCAGCUUUGACCACCUUUCUGAGUCUGUCCCUUCCCUUCCUGUCUGAAAUACUAACGACUGAAAAUGUUGCUUCCAAAGCAUCUGUAACCUGACCUAGCACAGUGGGUACUCCAGAUGAAACAGGGGCCAGGGAAGAACACUGAAUGUUUGGUGGCGGAGGUGGGAAGAAUGUGCAUUGCUUGGUAGAACGCAUUGGUGUCAAUCACUGAAGGCAGCAGGCCUCAGGUUCAUUGCAUUCCUUUGGGUUGGCACAGCCUCAAGUAACGUCAGAGGUACCAGUGGGCACUGGGGUACACCCCCCCCCCCCCCACACACACACACACACACACACACACACACACACACACACACACAAACAAACACACACAGACUCGGGAACCUGUUUAGCCAUAUAGGCCUUGUCCUUGGGGCAGGAAACUUGGAGUGUCGCUAAUUGGAAUGGCUUUUGCUCUGUGUUUCCAUGGAUGGGCAGUCAGUAGUGAUAACGUGUUUGGCAAUUAGGAAUGUAAAUGGUACUUUAAAACCCUGACUUCUGAAGAUCGUAAACAGUUUUGGGCUUUGGCAUUUGCAUGACUCUUCACUUUUCCUUUGACUGUGGAGCAUUUGGCUGUGGGGACAUGAGUGGGCCCAUUCUUUUACAGCAAGUCACUCUUUUAGACCAUUUCAAUCUUGGGCCACUUUACAUGAUGGGAUGCCAGCCCGUACUUUGUAAUGAAAUGACCCACUAAUUGUUAGUGUCAUGUUGUAGCUCCUAUCACUGCAUGUCAUUUUAAAGCUGUAACACAUAUACGUGUAGCUCCAUGCUUCUUGUUUCCAUUAGCCUUUCAGUGGUGUCUCCCUGUAGAGAGUGAGAGUUUCACAUCGUGGGAGGAGCCACUGCAAAGUCGUAACAUCGAGGAGCUUCCAGGAUCUUAAUUUUGCUUGACAUCCGCCACCACCAACCAAAACGUGACCUAGAACUUGUUGCCCAGGUGCUGUGUGCUUGGCCUGAGGUAAUGAUCAGGCUGCUUUCCUGCUGUUUGUGCCAUAGCUGGAGACAGUGGGCCAGAGCUUGGUUAACCAGUCCCUUCAAGGGACGUCCUCAGUUACUCUCACUUUGUGACUUGCCAGACACAAGAGCAUAUUUAAGCAACAACCACAUUCAUGCGGUACUGGAGUCACAUAUGAUCUGGGAGUGAGGAAGUCUUUCAUGUAGGGCCUUUGUGAGCCCCACAGCUGGAUAAACAUGUCCAGUUUUGGUCUCCUUACAUGAGGAAGGAUAUUCCCUUGUAACAGUGGGAACAACUGAAGUUGGUCAGUGUAGAUCCUGAGUUGAAAGAGCUUUCCAAAGGGGCAAUCAUAUACAAUGGGCCCAUAUUUUGCAGCAUUUAGAAGCAUGUCAGCAGAUCUGCUAGAAAUGUCCAGGAUGAGGUAGAUGGGAGAGUUCUGUUUUCCCCGCAAGUCCAGAUUGGAAACAGAGAUCAGAGUCUCAGAAACAGUAACAGCCAGGUGGGACUAGUUUGGGAACGUGGUCAGCACGGAUGCGUUGGACUGAAGGAUCUGUUUCUGUGCUGUAUGAUUCUAUUAAAUAUCCAUGACUGCAUGAGGUGGAAUAUCUCAUGUGGAAACUUUGGAAAGCUGUACCCCAGAGAGGGCUAUGAAAUUGCAGUUAUUGUGUACAUUCAAGACUUCUGCACACAUAAGGAAUCUGAGGGACGGGAAGGAAUCGUGGAGUCAAAGUUAAGGUUGUUUCUGGAGGGCAGAGCAGGCUGGAUCAUGUUUACUCUGCUUUUAUUACUUAGAAUGGGUUGGUUCAGUUGGGAGAACAGGUUUUCUCCCUAAUUCAACAUCAAGGAGCCAUUUCUUUCUGUAACAGGUUUUUCACUGAUUAUGCAUUUGUCUUCAAAUGUUUUAAAAAUUCCAGUUUUCAAACUGCAUUGGUUUCUAACAGGCUAACAGUUCAGUAAAAGAAUACAUAUUUAAUCAUUACCAUAUUUGAACACUACGCAAUUAAUUAGAUAUGAGUUUAAGCAGAUAUAUUGUUGACUAAUAAAAUAAUUAAAUUCUCACUGCACUGAUGUUACCUACAGCGUGGUUUCCUGUAGAUAAAACAUCUGUGUCCGUCUGCAGUGGUGUCUUUGUUGUAAUUUUGGAGCCAAUUUGCACACAGCCAGUUCCCAUGACAGACAGCAUUGUAAUAAUAUUACAGAUUUAUCAAUUGAAAGAUCUUGUUCUUCAAGAUAGUUGACCUGAAUGAGCUGUUGUGCCCUUGGUUUAAUGUCUCAGCCAAAAGGUAGUGUGGUAUUCCCUCAGUACUGCACUACACUGUCAGCCUGGGUGAUGUGCUCAUGUUUCCAUUGCCAUUGUGAGCUGAGACUGCCCAUGACUGCAUCAGAUCUGUCAUAACUCUGGAUCCAGAAGUUGACAUUUAGAAGUUUAAGUGCUAAUAAAUCAUUUACCGUGAGAACCAUUUGUAGUCUGGCCUACAGUCACUUGUUUGCAUUAUGAAAAUAGAUCAUUACCUGACCUGGUCAUCUGGCAUCAUUCAAUUAAAUGCUGUGAUCAGUGAUUGUAUGCUAAAUAUACUUGGUAAUCUGUGACUGAAAUUGUAUGCUUAAUUACUAGCUUCAAGUUACCAGAGUAAGACUGCUGAAGAGAUGCAAGUAAUUUGCGUGAAGAAACUGCAUUUAUUUCACAACUCAGGAAUGCCCAAACUCAACCAAAGUUUUGGAAAUAAAAAUUAAUUGCAGGAGAUAUUCUGUCUCCUAUGAGAGCAAUAAUGGAGAGAGACACACAAGAGUUAACAAUUCUGUUUCUGUUGAC